AUGGCAGCUUAUGGAGCUCUGGUUUCUGUUAUGAAUAUCAUAGAUACCCUUCAUCUUCACCCUCACCCUCCCAUCUCUCUACACCCUAAACAGGCUGAGUCUCUCACUGAAAACGUCACUUUCCUCCAAGACUUUCUCGAAGUCUAUAAUCCCCGUCUUGACUACAGCAAAGAAGCUGAUCCAUUGGAGAGACGCAUCGUGGAUGCAGCUUAUGCAGCUGAAGACAUAAUUGAAUCCCAUAUCGUGGAUCAGAUCACAAGCGAUGGAGGAAAGAUCAGCCCCGACUCCUUGUACGAAGCUCUGGAGAAGGUGAUCAGAGAUAUGGAUCUGAUAAAGAAAGACGCCAAGGAAAUCGAACAGACUUUGGGUGUGCACACCACCAAGUCAAUGCCUUCAGAUUCCUCGAAAUCGUCUCCUACUGCAAAGGAGAGUAGCAUGGUGGGUGCUGAACAUCUCAUGCUUGAAAUGAAGGACAAGCUCACUUCAGAUCGACGUGAUCUACAGAUCAUUCCCAUUGUAGGAAUGGGCGGCUCAGGAGCAUUUCAUGUUUCUGCUUGGGCUGCCAUAUCUCAAGAGUAUAACAAUCAAGAAAUGCUCAUAGAUAUUCUUGGUCAGUUAAAUAAAGUUGUUGGUCAAAAUUUGGGUGUUGAUGGCUUGGGAGAAAUAUUGUAUAAACACUUGUUUGGUAGAAGAUACUUGAUUGUACUUGAUGAUAUGUGGAGUAUCGAGGCGUGGGAUGGGAUUAGGAGGUUUUUACCAGAUAACAAAAAUGGUAGCCGAAUAGUGGUGACGACUAGGCUAUCAAACUUGGCUUCUAAUUUAUCCAACUCUAAAAACCUUGAGAUGAGUCUUUUGAAUGAGGUUGAUAGUUGGGAUAUGCUCUCAAAAACUGUGUUUGGAGAGGAAGGUUGUCCUCCAGAAUUGGAGGAAAUAGGGAAGAGAAUAGAAAAAGUUGCAAAGGACUUCCGUUGUCAAUUGCUGUGA